ACCGUUCACUCACAUGUGGGUUUGACACAAAGACUUUCUUUUAGUGACAUAACACUAAAUAUUUAAUUCCAUAACGCAUUUUUUUUUUUUUUAAAGAUAUAGUGAUAAUAAAUCUCUGAAUGUCCUCAUGAAACGUGCAUGUUUACAUUUAUUUUAAAGCUGCGUCCUCUGGAUGCCAGUUAGACAGUUAUCCCUCACUAAUGUUUAGAAAUAGUAAAUAAUUUAAAUGCAUUUCAAGGUUAAAGUAACACCUCGUUUUACCCUGUAAUCCCUAUGCUGAGACUGUUUGCGGUGAACGUUGGAGGUCUCACUGGGCACAAGACAAUACGUUAUAAAUUCAGUACAUCAUCUGGCAUGGCCAAAAGUAAGUUUGAAUACGUGAGAAACUUUGAGCUUGACGACACGUGUUUGAGAAAUUGCUACAUUGUGGUUCGGCUGGAUGGACGUAACUUUCAUAAGUUUUCAGAUCAGCAUCAGUUCAUUAAACCCAAUGACAACAGAGCUCUGGGCCUGAUGAGCCGCAGUGCCUGUUCAGUCAUGGAGGAACUAGAUGACAUCACUGUAGCAUAUGGACAGAGUGAUGAGUUCAGCUUUGUUUUCAAGAGGUCAACCAACUGGUUCAAAAGAAGGGCCAGUAAAUUGAUGACCCAUGUGACUUCCCAGUUUUCCUCUAGCUUUGUUUUUUACUGGAAGGAGUAUUUUGGGGAGCAGCCACUGCUGUACCCACCCAGCUUUGAUGGCAGGGUGGUGCUGUAUCCUAGCAACCAUAACCUUAGAGACUAUCUUAGCUGGAGACAGGCAGAUUGUCACAUUAACAAUUUGUACAACACUACAUUUUGGACGCUGGUGCAGAAAGGUGGACUGACCACUACUCAAGCUGAGGACAGACUCAAUGGAACACAAGCUGCAGAUAAGAACGACAUCUUGUUUUCUGAGUUCAAUAUCAAUUACAAUAAUGAACCUCCACUGCACAGAAAAGGCACCACUUUAAUAUGGGAAAAGGUGAAUGAAACCACAACUAAACAGAUCAAACGACCCAGUGAGGACGAGACAGAAGUCACUGUGACACGGACGAGGAAGACAGUUACCACUCAUUCCUGCGAUAUCAUUGGAGAUCAGUUCUGGGAAGAACAUCCAGAUAUUCUGGAAAGUGACCAGUGUUAAACACCUGGUUAUAAAGA